CUCCCUCUUUCUCUUGUCACUGGGUUUUUUUCGGGAGGCAGAGGAGAGGUAGUGGGGGAUCCAGUUUUUUUCUUUCCUCCGUCUUUUACUGAAAACAAAUGCUAUGUUUCCGACACGCAGCGGCCAAAUCUUCGUGUUAUGCUGCCGCCGCUCCUCCUGCUCCUCCUUCUCCGACGACGACGCUUCAUUCACCGCGACAUCUCUCUCAACCAAGCCGAAUGAGAGGAGCUAAAGGGCGGACUGGACUCAGAGGAAGAACCGGGGGGAGGCUGUAACGUUAACGCAACAUCCGCCGCUUUCUUUUAUUACAACAACCGCAGUUUCUCAUUGAUUUUUAUAUAGAUCAUUUCAUCUGUGUGCUUGAAAUGUUGCCUCAGACGGUUUCUGGAUGUGUUUCCGUCACAGUUUCUCCACCUUUUUGACGUGUUUUCACCCAGAAAAGAAAAGAAAAAAUCAUAUUAGCUAGCUCCCCCCUUUUUUUCCUUCAGCUCAACCCCCCUAUCAGUUACCUCAAUGGUCGCAUUGGUUUUCCUUUCGUCGCAGCUCAAAGUCAGACGGUGACCACCAGGAUUUUGUUAACGUGUCCUCCGAAAUGGUACGAUAGUGUCUGGAAAGUGAAAAGCCAAGCGGAGGAGGGGGGUUCAGUCAGUCAAUCUGGGUUAUUUUUGUUUGUUUUGUCUUCUUUUUUCCUCCAGAUGAGGCUGGGCUUUGUAAUAACAUCAGAAAAAAAGAAAAACAUGAGGUGGAUGUAAGCUUGGAACAGUUUUUACGCAUCCUUUCUUUUCUUUUUUUUUCUUUUUUUUUAAAGCUGGAUCUUUGGUGAUCUGUGCUGCCUUCACGGACUGUGACAAUGAAGAUUGUAUGAGAAGAGAGGCUGUUUUUUUCCCCUCCCUGAUACACAGAGCCUGGUGUGACUGACUUACCAGAAGAGGGGGGUUUAACCCAAGUGUAUUCACUAAAAACCUACACCCCCUUGCUUAUUGUUUUUUUCCUCCUGGACAGCGAAGCGCACUCAGGGACAAACAUGUCUUUACGCACGGCACUGCCUGGAAAUGAGCGGAACCCGGACCAUCAUACCUCCCUGUCGGCCAGCCGCUCAGAUAAGGGUACCGGCUGGUCAAGCCGCUCGCUCGGCGCCCGAUGUCGUAACUCCAUCGCCUUGUGUUCGGACGAGCAUCCGCACAUCGGAAACUACCGGCUGCUCAAAACCAUCGGCAAGGGCAACUUCGCCAAGGUCAAGCUGGCGCGGCACAUACUGACCGGCAGAGAGGUUGCAAUAAAGAUCAUCGAUAAAACACAACUCAACCCAACCAGCCUACAGAAGCUGUUUCGAGAGGUACGCAUCAUGAAAACUCUCAACCAUCCGAAUAUAGUGCAGUUGUUUGAGGUCAUUGAGACGGAGAAGACUCUUUACCUGAUUAUGGAGUACGCCAGUGGAGGCGAAGUGUUCGACUACCUCGUGGCUCACGGCAGAAUGAAGGAGAAAGAGGCCAGAGCCAAGUUCAGACAGAUUGUCUCAGCGGUGCACUACUGUCAUCAGAAGAACAUUGUUCACAGAGACUUGAAGGCGGAGAACUUGCUACUAGACGCCAACUCCAGCAUCAAAAUAGCCGACUUUGGCUUCAGUAAUGAGUUCACCGCUGGCAGCAAACUAGACACGUUCUGCGGCUCCCCGCCCUAUGCUGCCCCGGAGCUCUUCCAAGGAAAGAAGUACGACGGUCCAGAGGUAGACAUCUGGAGCCUGGGGGUCAUCCUGUAUACGCUCGUCAGCGGGUCCCUGCCAUUUGACGGACAGAACCUAAAGGAGCUGCGGGAGCGUGUCCUGAGAGGGAAGUAUCGUGUACCCUUCUACAUGUCUACAGACUGCGAGGGAAUCCUGCGCCGCUUCCUGGUCCUAAACCCAGCCAAGCGUUGCUCGCUGGAGCAAAUAAUGAAAGAUAAGUGGUUGAAUGUCAGCUACGAGGGGGAGGAACUGAAGCCUCACACAGAACCUGUGGAGGAUUACAACGACACCAGCCGCAUCGAUGUGAUGGUUGGGAUGGGCUUCGCCAGAGAGGAGAUCAGAGAUUCUCUGGUCAGUCAAAAGUACAAUGAGGUCACCGCCACGUACUUGCUGCUGGGACGAAAGAGUGAGACGGAGACCAGUGAGUCCCGGUCAGGCAGCAGUCUGAGCCUAGCUCGAGUCCGGCCCGGCACCAUCACCAACGGUACCAGCAAACACUCCACUUCCUCUUCCUCCUCUGGUGGACCUUCCUCUUCUUCUUCUGGCCACAAGGCACAGCGCAGUGCCUCGACUUACCACCGCCAGAGACGACACUCUGAUUUCUAUGAGAAGUCCUCUGUUUCAGGUGGUCCGGCGGUUCCGGGGUCCACAAAUCCCAAACGCAGUCCCAGCACCGUGGGUGAAGCAGCGGGGCCUAAGGAGGAGCGACUGUCGAUCCGCAAGCCGAGCACCAACACCGUCGGCUCCCGUAGCAUCCCGGCCCCCUCCAGCCCCAUGGUCAGCUCCGCUCACAAUCCAAACAAGGCCGAGAUACCCGACCGGCGCAAGGAGGUUAACACAACCAUGAAUAACGUCCCUGCUAGUGCCAUGACUCGAAGAAAUACGUAUGUGUGUACCGACCGAUCCAACACUGACAGACACUCACUGCUGCAAAACGGCAAGGAAAACAGCACUGCAUCCCACCGCCUUCCCCCCGCCUCCCCCUCUACCCACAGCAUCGCCGGGGCAUCUGGCGUCUCCUCCUCGGCCUCUACGCCAUCCUCCCGUCUCUCGAGGGGGUCCACUGUGAGGAGCACCUUCCACGGAGGGCAGAUUAGAGACCGACGGCCUCCCUCCCAUGCUCCCCCUGCUUCCCCAACGCCGUCCCACGAUGCCAGCCCGCUGCCUCACGCCAGGACCCGGGCCACAACCAACCUGUUGAGCAAACUCACCUCCAAAUUGACCCGCAGGGUCACAGACGAACCUGAGAGAAUCAGCAGAUCUCCGGUCACAAGUCGCCAUAUAUCUGGGCAUCAGAAAGCGGCCGAGCCCCGGACCCCCCGAUGCGGCUGGGAUGUGAGGGUGCGGAGCCCUCGCGACCCGGCCGAGGUGGUGCUAGCACUGCGUGAAGCGGCACAGGGCUGCGGCUGCCAGGUCCACCUUGCCGGGCCUUUCCUCCUGUCCUGCACCCAUGGAGCAGCCGGCGCCCGCGUGGCCUUCGAGGCCGAGGUCUGCCAGCUGCCCAGUGGGCUGGGCCAAAGCAGCGGUGUGAGGUUCAAGCGCCUGUGGGGGGCACCGUUAGCCUUUAGAGACAUCGCCACCAAAGUGUCCAAGGAGCUAGAGCUCUGAGGGCGACAGGAGGCGGGGCAGACUGAGGACGGACAGGCUGAUUAAAGAGGAGGGAUGAGGAGGAGGAACAGUGAGGCUGAGACCGUCACCUCCUCCUCAUCCUCCCUCGGCUCCACCUAAGCUGAUGCGGCUAGCGAUGCCUCGCCUCCGCCAAAGACCCUCAUCUUCUGAUGCCACCAAUCACAGCCAGAGAAAUGGAUGCACAGACACGGAUAGACCACCAUCUGCAGAUUUAUGAUGACCUUUGACCUUGGAACUGUCAGUGACCUACGAACUGCUUAACCAACACGCCACCACCUCCAUAGUCAGCGAGCCCUUGGAGUCAAACUGUUCUCUCUUUUUUUUUUUUUUUCAUGAUAAUGAGGAUGGUGUUGCUGAGAAUGGUCGCGAUUGAUAAUUUGUUGUUGUUGUUGUUGUCAUUGUUAUUCCUAUUGUAUCAUAUUUUGUCAUCAUUCCUUUUUAAAGAGCUGCUAUUUAAAGAAAUGUUUUAAAUUUUUUUGUGUAUUAAGUUUAUUUUCUUUCUUUAAUGCUUUUAAAAUGGGCAGAAGUUUGACACCUGUUGUCAUUCUCCGAAGUGGAACGUCACAUAUUUUAAGAAACGAGGGGCGCAGUCUGACCUCCAGCCUCUAGAGGGAGACAUGCAGAAAUGCAGAGACUUUUAUCAGAUUGAUUGAAGCAUCAUGGCCUUUCUGCCCAUUCAUGGACAAAGCCCAUUUUACCGCUCAGCUGGGAUUCUGAUGUGUGUUUGCAGCAUUUCUGGUAAAACGUCGUUAUCUGCUCUGACUUCUCCACAGUCGACUGAUAACUGGCAGCCCAGCCGCUUUCAGACAAGCUGAUGUGAUCUGUUGUACUUGACAACUUCAUCAUUUUGAAUUCACCCUAAUUUCAAAUGCUCAACUUUCCCCUCACUACCUUUUUUAUUUACAUGCCAAAGUCCUUUUCAAAUUGAAGAUUUUCAUAGUUUACAGUACAAAGUGGGAUUUAUUCCUUCAACUGGAAUCAUGAUUUUUUUUUAAAUUUUAUUUCACUAAAGGAUGUUAGCUAUAACAGCCAAUUCACAUUAUUUUACAUGAAAUGCUUCCACACAGCAGAUUUAUUUAAUUGAAAUUAGAAAGGCAGGUUAUGUCAGCCAAUCAGGAUCCAGUAUUGACAUUGAUGCACCAUUUAACUGACUUUAAUUCAAGUGAAUAAAGUCAAGUUAACGCUUAACUAAUAUUUUUUCCCUUAUAGUAGAUUUGAACACAAAAGGAAAGCUUAAAUUGAAUUUCUUUUGCAGCAUAUCUGUUUUCACUGAGUGCCGAGACAAAUUUUAAUUGUUUGAUAUGUGCCACAAAUGGUUAAAAAUUCCUUGUUCUGCUCAGAUGUGACAGCUUUUUUUAAUUGGUUCUAGUUUUAUUCAGAAAAACAGUAAUGGCUUAAUAUGUGCUUUUUUAGACAAUAACCGUUUUUUAAAAUAUAAUUUGAUCUCUUUUUCAUCAUUUCCCCCCACACAAAUGAUUACUGGUUCAUAGUAAAUUAAGGAAUAGGAGUUUUACAGAAAUACAUUAGUUAUAUUCUGGUAGCACCUGUCAGGAGGCCAUCACUUUCCUUAAAUGUAGUGCAAUACAGCCACAAAGCCAAGAAUCAAGACUUGAAUAACAGGGCUCUUUGUUUUUAUAUAUAUAUAUAUAUAUAUUUUGCUGAUUUGUCGUUAAAAUUCAUUGAGCACUUUUAUGCUUUCUAGCCAGGAUUUUGUUGCACCACACUGGCAGAGUUUUUAAUUAAUCUGUAUUUUUUUUUCUUUUUGUUUAAUUUGUUUUUAAAAAACCCAUCAUAUUGUCUCACAUGUUUAAAGCUCACUGAAGUGAAUAAUUGACAUUCUGAAUGUCUUUGCUUGUACUUACCUACGACGGCUUCUCGAUCUCUUUCAUUUUAAAGCAGUGAAAUUAGUGAGUGAUGGCUGGACGUCACAUUACAUUACAACACCCUCAGUUUUCCUGGUAGACGUGCUAUCUAGUGCCAGCGAUGCCACAAAGUCAUAUUAAGGAAAUGUAAGGUUUAAUUUUCUACAAAGUACCAAAUAUCUGAUAAACUACAAUUCAAAAUGGUAAAAUCUGUCUCCAUAAUUUUUUGUCAUAUAUUUACAUAUAUUAGUUUUGUGUUCUUAACCUCAGUGACACUUGUGAUGUAUUAGAAACUGUAGACCCCCCCCCCCCCCCUCUGUUGACCAAUAAGGCGGCAGCACUGCUUGAAAAAGGGUGUGCGACUGUUGACCAAUCAAAUUUUGUCAUUGCUGUAAGAAGUGUUCGACUGUUAACCAAUCCAAAACCGCCGCCUCAUCGAGCCGACUGUAUACAUUUUCAAAAAAAAGCAUGCAAUGUGUGCAUCGAUGAGGCAGCGAUUUAAGAUAUGAAUGUGACCUUAACUUUAGUUUGCAUUAACAAAAUAAAUAAAUAAAACACUUCCUGCUUAUUAAAAAAUAAAGCUACAAAACAAAGAUUUGACAAAAAUAAAAAGAAUCAUACAGUCCCAACGAAGUGCUACAUGGAUCAUAUAUUGCUGCAUUAACACUGACUACUCCAAUAUCAAAAAAAGAAAGAAAAAAAAAAGUUGUCAUACUUUAUAUUGUAACUCUAUAAAUAAAGCCAACCAAUUAUAACUUGUACUUCGGACGUAUUCAGCAUCUAACACAACAACUGAUAAAUAAUGGAAAAGAAAAUGUCAAUGUUAACAGCCGACUUGUGACCUCUUUUACGACUCUCGAGGUUACAGGAAUCAGUUUCAUGGGAGAUUUCAGCCACAGCAAGGGUGGCCACCACUGUCUGAAAAUGUGAAGCUGUGAUUUAGGGCUAGUUUUUUGCAGACUUUUUUUUUGUUUUGUACACAACUGGGACUCACUCUAUGACCCCUGUUCUCUAGAUACUGUUUAGAGCCACGCUUUAAGGCUACAGUUCUGUUGUAUAUUGUGUUUGAAGCUGUCGCUGUUAUCAACAAAACUUAACUUAUGGGCUUAACUUAUGGACGGAAAAUGAUCGACCUGCAAUCCUGCAUGUCUCCUAGGAAAUAAUGUGUGACAAAUAAAGACUUUCAACCUUU